AUGGGCAGUUUUGACGGAGCUGAGAUAUGUGAGUUGGUCGGCUUAUACAUCCUAAGUAUCCUAUCGAAGGACUAUGGCAAAGAUGGAAUCGGGCUUUACAGAGACGAUGGGCUAGCAGUCUUCAAGAGCAUCUCCGGAAGCAGAGCCGAUCGAAUUAGGAAAAGCAUAACGAGAACAUUCCAAAAACUUGGCCUUCACAUCACAAUCGUUUGCAACCUAAAAAUCACCAACUUCCUCGACAUCACCUUCAACCUGAGUGAUGGCAAGUACUACCCUUACAGGAAGCCGAAUGACUGCCCAAUGUACAUCCACAAGCUAUCCAACCACCCACCAUCCAUCAUCAAGAAUCUCCCAGCAUCAAUAAGCCGCCGAAUAGCAGACAUCUCAUGCGAUGAAGAGACUUUCAACGAAGACCAGAAUGGUGGAGACCCGACUCCAUGCGGGAAAGUCAUCCUUCUGGACGCGGACCAACCAACUGUCCAAAUCACAGACGAGCGUUACCGUCUCGGAGGGACUGAAGACGAUGCCACAAACGAAUGCCUUUGGUAUUUCCGCGGUCCACCCGGUACGACCAUUCGACUGGACAUAGUGGCUUUGGAGCCCAUGACUGAACCCUUCAUUGUCUAUGACGGACUCGGGAUCGAGACUGAUAAUGACCAAGGCAUCCAACUCGGUGGACGUCAUGGGAACAGUUUCAUAUCAAAUGGUCGUGGACUCACGUGUAAACUACCCACAAAAUUAGACGACAUCCACCAAGAGACUUCGGUGACCAUGCAAGCAACUCUACAAGAAGAGUUGUCAAUCGAAGGAGCCAUUCCAGGAGAGUGCGGAGGAACUAUCAAUCUCGACCAGACUUCUCCGAUAUCUCACUUCAACGUCACCAACUCCUAUCCAUCUGGUGUGUCUGCCUCCUGUAACUGGUACAUCAAUAGUCCUCCCAACACGAUGAUUGUGGUGGAGUUUUAUGAUUGGCAAUUAAUUGAUGACAACGAUUAUCUGAGUAUAUAUGAUUCAAGAGGAAGACAAAUUUUCUAUGCUUAUGGAAAACUCCAACAAGCCCCACACCCAGUUAUAUCUGAUUCCAGUGCCCGUGUCUAUUUCAACGCUUACUACAAUAAUGAUGUGUCGGAUUCCUAUUUCGGCGUGAAAUUCAGCUACAUAGAUGGACAUAACGAUGCCAGCGUCCUCCAAUCAUCUGGUGGGGUCAUUGAACUGAAUGAAAAUACGACAUCGCUGACCGUUCAGUCUAUGUAUUUCACUUCUACAUAUUAUGUUGAAAAUGUGAACAACUACUGGUUUGUUACUAGUCCAGUCGGAAGACGUAUAAAGGUCGAAUUCCAUAAGCUUAAAGCAGGACAUUUCUAUGUAUAUGAUAGUUCUAACACAAGUGGAAUAGUAUCUCGUUUCUCGAAUCCAUCUAUCAUGCCUGAAGAUAGGGUUUUCUCUCAGAACACGGGAACACUAUACUUCCAAUUCAGUGGAACCUAUGGAGGAGUCGGCCUUCAAUUUACAAUAAGCAUUACAGAUGAAUACCCAGUUGUGGGGCAACAGACAUGUGGCGGUAGAGUAGAACUGGAUCAAUUUCAAGAUAAGUUUAUCUUCAUCUCCCCGUACUACUACGGUCAGUCGGUUAGAGGAGAAACAGAUUGCUAUUGGUAUGUGACUAGUCCGGCAGGUAAACAGGUGCAGCUUGAAUGGCUAGAUAUUGACACAUCGUAUGAGUACGUGAGGGUGUACGAUCACCCAUCAUCUCAAAGUUACCCGGUAUCUCAAUUCCGAGGUGAAUUUGAUCCAGACCUGUCACCGUUCGUGUCUACUCGAGGAGGCAUCACGUUUAUGCUAGACGACUACUCAUCUGAUACUAAUGGAAGAGGGUUCCGAGCCAACGUCUCCCUUUCAGAUGGAACUUCGGUAGUGGGCCCAGGAUCAUGCGGGGGGACAAUUAGGCUGAGCAAAUCGAUGCCAGACUUUACACUCAACUCCCCACAUUACUACCAACCCUCGUCAUAUGAGUCUAACACAUAUAUACGCUGCUACUGGUGUGUACAUGCUCCCUUGGGACAGGAGGUUGAACUGACAUGGUUAGACAUAGACUAUAAAACUUAUCAAGUUAUGAUCUAUGACUACCCAUCCUCUACCAACUACAUAGUUUCAAGUAUACAAGGAGACAUUGACGUGGAUAUAUCACCUGUGGUUUCUUCACGUGGUGGAUGGACAGUACAACACACUGACAAGUACACUGGGAAGAAGGGAAGAGGCUUCCUGGCAGAGUUCAGUCUAAGAGACACACCCAAUUCUUCGAGCGCGACUUCAUGCGGAGGUAUGAUUCCACUGACUCAGUCUUCACCACAUGCUACCUUCUCCAUCCCGUACUACUAUCAGUCGUCUAGAUCUUCUGUUUUCUUGAACUGCUACUGGUAUAUUACAAGUCCUUCAGGAAAACAAGUCCAACUGACAGUACUUGAUCUAGAGACAGGCAGUUCUGAAAGGAUAUAUAUUUAUGACCAUCCGACUUCUAUUAGUCCAAGUUACCAGGUAUCUUACUUGUCUGGACGCCUGGAAUCACCUGCUACUGUCUUGUCUUCACGGGGCGGAGUGAUAGUGCGUUACUACGAUUACAACUCUGGUUAUAACGGCCCAGGAAUCCUGUUCGAAGCGAGGAUUCUAGAUGCAAUGCCUUCGGAGGUGCCGGGUUUCUGUGGCGGAGUGAUUCCUUUGAGUACAAGUACACCACGGGUCACAACCACCACUCCUUUGUAUCAUAAAAAUUCGGAAUCUGAUGUGACCAUCGACUGCUGGUGGUACGUCAGAAGUCCCUCGGGUAAGCAAGUUGAGAUGCGUGUACACGACCUCCAGACAGAAAACGAGUAUGUGACGGUGUACGACUAUCCAUCGUCAUCGCUCUACCAGGUUUCCGAUCUUCGGGGCAUUGUCAGUAAUUCUACGGUGGUUUCAACAAGGGGAGGUUUCUCUGGAGUUUUCAACGAUACAUCAACUAGUAGAAAUGGUCAUGGUUACGCCAUGGACGUCGCAUUAACAGACGAACUGUCGUGGGAUAGUGUGGGUAUUGAUUCCUGUGGUCAAACGGUACACCUCGACCUUUCAUCACCAUCUAUUGUCUUUAGAACACCGACUUAUCCAGUCGAGGUUGUGAAUGACCGGUACAUCUGCUACUGGUAUUUCACCUGCCCAUACGGAUACCGAAUCUCGCUGCUUUUCAACGAUUUCGACAUUUUCUCUGGCUCCCGCCUCAGAGUUUACGAUGCCUCUUCUGUUUCUUCAACCUAUCAGUUGGCCGAAAUAUCGUCGAGUUCCACACCAGGUUCUGGAGCCAUUCAGUCAUCCAGCAAUACCAUGACGCUUUACUACAAUGAUACUGACUGGAGUGACGUAACAAAGCAACGUGGAAUACUCGCUGAAGCCUCCAUUGUUUCGUCAGGAGAACCAACUUGGGAGCAGGUUGGACCGAUGUCUUCAUGUGGUAGCGCUGUAUCAUUGUCUGGCCAAGAUAGUCGUAUCACGCUCACAACUCCUGAUUACCCGGAUGUAAAUGGCGACUACUACGAGUGCACGUGGUUCGUAGAAUGUCCCAGCUACACAACAGUUCGAAUCGAUUUUAACGACUUCUGGCUUGAUUCUAACGGGUAUCUUCGCGUGUAUGAUGGCCCGAAUACUGGUUAUUCUGUGAUACAACAUUCAACUGGUAAUUUAAGCAUACCUGACAGUGUGAAUUCAAGCAGCAACGUCAUGACGGUCUACUACUACAACAAUCGCGGAACCUCAGGCAAAGGAGCUAGUUUCGCAAUAAGCUGUUUAUUUGAAGUCAACCUGGAGUGUGACAGCACAUCCAUGGCGGUUUUCCUGGACAUAAGGCAGCUACCAAACGGAACGAAUGCAGAAGAUAUUCAUUUCGAGGAUGAAGAUUGCGUGGGGAUCGAUCAUGAUACUACUCAAAUCGUUCUAUACACCAGAUACGACAAGUGUUCAACCAGAGUGCAAGAAACUGAGACCAGCAUUAUCUAUUCUAAUGUGGUAACGUCCUACAAACCUCGGCCGCUCCCAGGCACGGAAAUAACGCGGGAUAACAUCCUUAUGAUCCCUGUCAAAUGUGAACUUGAUCGCCAUCGUCUCCUGGGUGAUUCCUUCGACUCGAAGAUCGGCGAGAUAGUGUUCAACGAAACGGGCUACGGUGACUUUUCUCUUCGACUCGAUCGCUACACAGAUGCGACCUUCGACGAGUUCGCAGGUGACGACGAAGGCGAGAUCAUUCUUGGAGAACAUCUUUACUUUGCGGUUAAUCUGACAACUGUGGCUGGCUUGACUGUCUUUUUCGAGAACUGCUGGGCCACGCCAUCUCAGUACCCGAAUGACGCAAAGAGUUACAACUUCCUCGACAAUGGAUGCUCAGAGGAUCCCACUAUGCGCAAAUUGUACUCUUCUGAUCCGUCAUUCUCCAAGUUUGUCAUCGACGCUUUCACCUUCAUCGAGGAAAACACACAGGUUUUCAUUCACUGUGAGGUGCUCAUUUGUAAUGAUAAUGACCCAUCGUCUCGGUGUUCCCAGGGAUGUAAGUCUAGAUUCAGACGUGGUAGCCGUCACACCCGUGGAACAAGCUCCACACCUCAUCUUAUCUCUAAUGGACCUCUUUCAACUGCCCACACUAUGCAUGCCGCAGAAACACACAACUCUGAUGGUUCGCCGGUCGGUAUGGAAUCAAGCAUUUUGAUUGGAGUGCUCGCGUGUAUCACGUGUUUGAUUGUUGCCACGGUAGCCGGUGUGCUCUACAAAUUACCAGCGAGACGCAUGUCCAACAUUUAUACCAUCGAGGCAUCGAGUGAAGGUCAACGAAAAUUAUAAAUAAAGUUGAAAUACCAGUUAUCAAAGAGAAUGUUGAGUUAUGGGAAUAGUGAUGUGUUAAUAUAAUAAUAUGUUAGUACAAUAAUAUCGUAGAGACUUUCGAAAAAUCAACUUAUUAAUGCAAUUUCAGUAUAACCCUGUCAUAUACCUUUUUUCAACGCGCGGACAUUGCAAUGACGUUUUACAUAAUUCGAUCAUGAUUUCUAUGAGAUGUACAACAGGGUAUUGAAAUUCCCCGCGAUUUUUUUUUUUUAAUCCGCAUUUCUCACUUUCCACCUAGGUGUAAAUGGGUACCUGGUAAUUGCUGGAGUAAUAAUGAUUGCAGGGCCCUCAUGAAGGGCCUUGAUGCCGAUGAGGCUACC